UUUAAUCCCCCAGAAUAGGAAACGACACCACACUCUUCUUCAAACUAACUCCCUUUCGCCCCUACAUUUAGUAAAAAGCCUGAGACAAAAUUAAAAUCUCUCACUCUCCCUUUCUUCUCUAUUCCUUUGGUCUCUCAUUUACUACUACUAAAGUUUCAAAUAAAGCAGCCAAAACGGGUCUACCUUUGUGGAUGCUUGGUCUCGGAAUGGAGCGAUUGCGAGCUGAUAUCAAUCGCUUGCUCGCCUUACUCUUCCACCAGGGAGUAUUGGACGAGCAAUAUUUGCAGCUGCAACAGCUUCAAGAUGAAUCCUCUCCUAAUUUCGUCUCUGAAGUUGUCAACAUUUAUUUUCAAGAGUCCGAAAAACUCUUACGAAAUCUCAGAUCGUUGUUGAUGGACAGAGAGUUCUCGGACUACAAGAAAAUGGGAGUGCAUUUGAAUCAGUUCAUAGGAAGCAGCUCAAGCAUUGGUGCCAAACGCGUCCGAAAUGUAUGCGUUGCCUUUCGCGUUGCGUCCGAGCAGAACAAUAGACUAGGAUGUUUGAGAGCUUUAGAGUUGCUUGAACAUGAAUACUGUUAUCUCAAGAACAAACUCCAUGAACUUUUCCAGAUAGAGCAGCAAAGACUGCUAGCAGCUGCAGUCAGAUACCCAGCCCAGCACUAAACAAAGCACAACUAGCAGACGUCACUAUCUUCUUGCAUCCAACUUUUGAGUUUUGGUUCUUAGAGUUUGACGACCAGUUAACAUGUGGGUUAACGAAACAAAAGCAGAAGAAAAUGAGAUAGCGAAAUUUAGAGAACUUUUUUCUGGAUUUAAGUAUUUUUUUAACCUUUGAGACAUGGAGGGGAAUUAAUGGAACUAGGACUAAUGUUUUGGUAUAGUUUGAAUGAAUUCUGCAAAAUUGUGAUUCUGGAAUUUAAGUAUGGAGAUUCGGUUUUAAUGACUCUCUGAG